ACACCCCUACAAACACGCUUGAAAUGGCUGAACCAGUGCCCGAGGUGAAGCGUAAAGCCCUCAAAAGAAUGUAUGUCAAGAUGUCCCGCAAAGGAGAUGGCAGCAUGUCGGUUGUGAAGCGUCUGUUUGGUUCACCGCCAAGGACUGUAGAAAAUGACCAUGCUGAACCUAAUAUGAACAAAAGAGGCAGCCCUGAGGGCAGCCUUUCAACAACCCAGCAGGCUACAACUAUAAUAGAGGAAUGCUGCCGUUCAGAUACCCCUGGCCUGAUAUGGCCCCUGCACGACAGUGUGGAUAGAUAUUUUGAACUGGGCAUCCUUCAAGAGGAUUAUGUCAACCCUAAAAAUAGAAGAUCUGCAAUGAAUGAAGUAGUCAAAGCUGUUUCAUAUUCCAUUUUGAACCAUUGUUUCAGCGAGAUAAUGUUUUUUAAAUGUACAGGAUGUGUUGAAGAUAUCCCCGCGCAGCUGGGCCACGAUUGCCUGACAUGGGAAGAGGAUUUCUAUAACCAGAACUUGAAAUAUGUAUCUACUAAACUCUCCAUGGGGCCCAUGCUCUAUACCAUAACACUGCUAGCCACAAGUAUCCAUUGUUUUACAAUGAAUGAGGGGCAUAUUAAACGGCUAGGCAGGUAUAUAGAAGCGAUUCAAAAUGCUAAGAAUGCACAAGAUGCUCUAAAUGGAUUAUUAAAGCAGUGCAAACAACGUUAUGUAGAUCUGGCUAUGAAGAUUAUUAGAAAGAAAUUCACACAUCAUAACUCCUUACUGAAUUACUGUGGUAUAUGUGCACCAGUCUUAGAGAUCAGGAUGUAGCCUGUGCCUGAUAUAAAACAAAGCCAUUUUCAAUUUUUAAAAAUGUGUUCGUGCCUUUUGUCUUACCAUCACAGAAACCACCGGGUAUGUCUCCAAAAAGAUAAGGAGACUGUGUAGAAUG